AUGAUUGAGAGCCUGCUCUAUACCAGACCCCGGACUAAGAGCCAGAUGUCCAUCAGCAAACAAGACUCAGUCCAUCCCCCCAUGUUCCUUUGGGCCGAUCUAGUAGGGAAGGUUGAAAAAGAAAGAGGCAAAUCUAUAGAGAAAGAAAGUAAAUUGGUGAUUGCUGGGGGUAGGGAGAAGGAGGAAUGGGGAGUGACUGUUGAGGGGUCUAAGGCUUCUUUAUGGAAUGAUAAAAAUGUUCUGGAACUAGAUAUCAGUGAUAGUCGCACAACUUUUAAAAAGUACAUGUUAUGCGGCUCUGGCACGUCCUUUGAGACAAGUUCUGGGUUCGAAUCCCAUCCCGAUCUGGGGCCAGAAACGAUCGCGCCGGUUCAGUGGAAAGUCCUGCGGAAGGUUCACUCCCUGUCGACAUCUGUGUGUUUCUGGUCCCUUAUUGUUAAAGCUACUGAUCUACUCCUUGCCUGGAAUCCCAUUUGUUUGGGAUUGGUAGAAGGUGUUAUUGGGAAAAUUCAACUUCAUUCAGAUCUUCCAUGGUGGCUUAUUUUAAUUCGGCAGAAAGCAUUGGUGGGCAAACUUCCAGGAGACCAUGAGGUCUGUAAAAUUACCAAAAUUGCUGUGCUAUCACUUUCUGAGAUGGAACCUCAGGAUCUUGAGCUAGAGCUCUGUAAGAAGCAUCAUUUUGGAAUUAGCAAGCCAGAGAAGAUUGUACCAUCUCCCGAUGACUCAAAGUUUCUACUGAAGACCUUUACACAUAUUAAAUCCAAUGUGUCUGCUCCUAAUAAAAAGAAAGUUAAGGAAAGUAAAGAAAAGGAGAAGUUGGAGAGGAGAUUACUUGAGGAGUUGCUGAAGAUGUUCAUGGACUCAGAGUCCUUUUACUAUAGUUUGACCUAUGACCUGACCAAUUCGGUGCAGAGGCAAAGCACUGGGGAGAAGGACCCCCGUCCCCUCUGGCAGAAGGUUGAUGACCGAUUUUUUUGGAAUAAAUAUAUGAUACAAGAUCUUACUGAGAUUGGUACACCAGACGUGGACUUUUGGAUUAUCCCCAUUAUCCAAGGUUUUGUGCAGAUUGAAGAACUUGUGGUUAAUUAUAAUGAAUCAUCUGAUGAUGAGAAGAGCAGCCCAGAGACCCCCCCUCAGGAGUCCACAUGUGUAGAUGACAUUCACCCACGAUUUCUAGUGGCUCUCAUUUCACGCCGAAGUAGGCACAGAGCAGGAAUGCGUUAUAAACGGAGAGGAGUGGAUAAAAAUGGGAAUGUUGCAAAUUAUGUGGAAACUGAGCAGUUAAUUCAUGUUCAUAAUCAUACUUUGUCAUUUAUUCAAACACGAGGCUCUGUGCCUGUCUUCUGGAGCCAGGUCGGGUAUCGAUACAAUCCACGACCCCGGCUGGACAAAAGUGAAAAGGACACUGUUGCGUAUUUCUGUGCCCAUUUCGAAGAACAACUGAAAAUUUACAAAAAACAGGUUAUUAUUAACUUGGUGGACCAGGCAGGCAGGGAGAAAAUUAUUGGUGAUGCUUACCUGAAGCAAGUGUUGCUCUUCAACAGCUCACACCUCACUUAUGUCUCAUUUGACUUCCAUGAGCACUGCCGAGGAAUGAAGUUUGAGAAUGUUCAAACUCUAACAGAUGCCAUUUAUGACAUUAUUCUUGACAUGAAGUGGUGUUGGGUCGAUCAAGCCGGGGUGAUAUGUAAACAAGAAGGGAUAUUUCGUGUCAAUUGCAUGGACUGCCUGGAUCGCACCAAUGUGGUCCAGGCCGCCAUCGCCCGAGUGGUCAUGGAACAGCAGCUGAAAAAAUUAGGUGUGAUGCCCCCGGAACAGCCCCUACCAGUGAAGUGCAAUCGGAUCUAUCAGAUAAUGUGGGCCAACAACGGGGACUCCAUUAGCAGACAGUAUGCUGGGACAGCUGCUUUGAAGGGUGACUUUACAAGGACAGGAGAAAGGAAGUUAGCAGGAGUUAUGAAAGAUGGUGUUAACUCGGCAAAUAGGUAUUACCUGAAUCGAUUUAAGGAUGCUUAUAGGCAAGCUGUUAUAGAUUUGAUGCAAGGCAUUCCAGUGACAGAAGAUCUUUAUUCCAUAUUUACCAAGGAGAAAGAACAUGAAGCUUUGCAUAAGGAGAAUCAGAGAGGCCACCAGGAACUGAUUAACCAGCUGUUACAAAGUUAUAUGAAGUUACUGCUGCCUGAUGAUGAGAAGUUCCACGGGGGCUGGGCCCUCAUUGACUGUGACCCCAGCCUCAUUGAUGCUACUCACAGAGAUGUGGAUGUGCUGUUACUGCUUUCUAACUCUGCCUACUACGUGGCCUAUUAUGAUGAUGAAGUUGAUAAAGUAAACCAGUAUCAACGACUAAGUCUAGAAGACCUGGAAAAAAUAGAAAUAGGUCCUGAACCCACUCUCUUUGGUAAGCCGAAGUUCUCCUGCAUGCGAUUGCACUACAGAUAUAAAGAAGCAAGUGGCUAUUUCCACACACUGAGAGCUGUAAUGCGCAAUCCAGAAGAGGAUGGGAAAGAUACCCUUCAGUGCAUUGCAGAGAUGCUGCAGAUAACCAAGCAAGCCAUGGGAUUAGAUGUACCUAUACUUGAGAAAAAACUUGAGAGGAAGAGCAGUAAACCUCAUGAAGACAUCCUUGGCAUCAGAUCUCAAAACCAAGGCUCUUUGGCACAGGGAAAGAAUUUUUUAAUGAGCAAAUUUUCAUCUCUAAAUCAAAAAGUGAAACAGACCAAAUCUAAUGUAAAUAUUGGCAAUCUCCGAAAGCUAGGAAACUUUGCCAAACCUGAAAUGAAAGUUAACUUUCUAAAACCAAACUUAAAAGUGAAUCUUUGGAAGUCAGAUAGUAGUCUUGAAACUAUGGAAACCACAGGUGUGAUGGAUAACAAAGUCCAGGCAGAGUCAGAUGGGGAAAUGUCGUCAGAGAAUGACUCCUACCACUCUGAUGAAUUCCUUACAAAUUCCAAGUCUGAUGAAGACAAACAGCUAGCUAAUUCUUUAGAGAACGUAGGGCCAAGAGACUAUGUUCUUCCUAGUUGUGGUAUUAUUGCUUCAGCACCUCGGUUAGGCAGUCGGUCCCAGUCCAUUAGCAGCACUGAUAUUAGCAUUCAUGCUCCUUCAGAGAUUGCUGCUCAUGGAAGUGGGUCUGGAAAAGGCCAUGAGUCUCCUUUGAAGAAAAGUCCUUCUGCUGACAACAUACACAUAUUGACUGGCUUUGCCAAGCCUGUGGAUAUUUACUGCCACAGAUUUGUACAAGAUGCACAAAACAAAAUGACCCAGCUGUCAGAAACAGGGUCUGUUUGUCAGCAGGCUAGUGAGGAGGGAAAUCAAAUGGCCAAUCAAGCUUCUAGUGAAGAAACACAAUCGGAAUCAACAGAACGGAUACCUUCACGGCCGUCUCAAUUAGAUGUGUCUUUUUCUGCAACAGGUCCCCGGUAUUUGUCAGUUGAACCAGUGCACCCAGUUGUAUCUCAAAAGACCCCUGGCUCUGGACCCAGCACGCUUGAAUUUGAGACAGGGCUUCAUGGAACUCCUUCUCCUUCAGAGGGCGGUAGCAGCAGAGCAGUCUCUCCCUUUGCAAAGAUUCGAAGUUCCAUGGUCCAAGUUGCUAGUAUCACUCAAGCUGGCUUCACCCAAGGGAUCCAUUUCGCAGUGGCAAAGGUUCAGAAGAGCCCUGCAGAACCUGAAGGGGUUAAUGAAGUCCAGCAAAAUGAACUUAAAAGUAUGUUUACACAAUGCCAGACACGAAUAAUUCAGAUUUAGUUUUUAGCCACAAAGAAUCCUGUGGCUUUUAUUUAAUCCAAAAGUAGGUUUCACAUAUUAGGCUAUUUUAACCUGUAUUGUCUUUGAAGCUAGGGAUCACAAAUUCUAAUUAUGUUUAUCGGGAAAGGUUUUUAAAGGAGUCUGAAGCUGAGCAGAUUUCCAGAUUUGAGAGCCAGGACGACAGGAGUACAUCACCCUAGAAGGUGUAAACGUGAGUAGCUUAUACACUACAGAGCAGUUGGUCUCUGAAAGUAAUUUGGGGAUAAUUACUUUGAGACAGUAAUAACCUGAACCUUUUGUGGAGUGGGGUGGAUAAGUGAAGUGUAGGAAGGAAACACAUAAAGGAUGAACAUGGACACACAUGUAGGAGAAUAGCAUUUUUCAUAAUUUGUCUUGUUUGUCCAUUCAUUUCUGUGUAAAUACAUUUAGUUUUUAGUGACUUUAGAGUGUUACUAGUACGAAGAAGCAUUUGAAUAUUAAAAAAUUCUAGUUUAGCUUUGAUGGCUUAACCAUUCCCUAUUAAGAGUUAAUUGAGGGUUACUGGCAUUACAGUCAAGAAAGGUAUGCCCAUUUGAUCCUAAUUUUCCCCAGAGUCUGCUUAAAAUACUCUGCCCCUUGUACACCCCAAAGUCUAGAAUUAAGACUGGUCACUCAUAAAACCUGAGACACCGGAUGUGCAUACCAGCACCUGUUAAAUUAUUUUGCUGUUUCCAGGAAUGGAAGACUACAUUUACUGGGUACUGGUAAUUCUUGAAAUGAGUGUUCAAGUUGUAAUUUUUUUACGGGGGAACAUUCCUUAACAUCUUGUACAGACUGUAACUGAAUUGUUGAAAAUUUAGUCUGAAGCACAGUUGUACUAAAACUGACAUGACUAUAAUCCUGAACCCAUGGAACCAUGGCCUCAGAAAAGCCCAUACAAGAACGUUGCACACCUUAUUCCAAACAAGUAUUGGUUUGUCCGGUCUCUUUAGAGCCUUACUCUGUUGAAGUGAUUCUCAGUUCAACAUUAUGUCUGUUGUAACUUUGAUAAGUAUUUCCACAUUUGUUAUUUAUUAGUGGUAUCUUUUUUUUGAAGUGUCAAAUCUUGUGACUAUUUAAAAUAAAAUACCAUUGUAAUUUAAAGUGA